AUGGAGGACGACGUUAUCCUCGCCUCGCCUACUUCCCUUAAGCACAGGCUCCGGCAAUUUCUGUGCUUCUCCUGCUGCUUCCGGCGCCGCCACAUCCAUCUCAAUCCCCCGCCGCCACAGCCGUCAGAUGGCAGCCCUGUCCUUGUCUGGGUCGGGAUCAACGGGCCCCACGAGCGUUCGAUGUCGGAAAUCAAAGAGAAGUGCCGCGCGAUGUUGGGUCUAUCAGCGGCCAGGCAUAAGAGGCACUCGUCGGCUGAGUUUAGCUACGAUCCGCUGAGUUACGCUCUCAAUUUCGAGGACGGUUCCAAUUUUGACGAUGAGGCGCCGCUGAGGAAUUUCUCAACCAGGCUUUUGCCGGUUCCGGCCGCCGUUAGUUGA